GCCCCCCUUUCGGUCUAGAAAUGUCUGCAGAAACCCCGGGGUGCCAACAGCGGAAAGCCGCGACGGCGAGUGAUUAGAGAGACAUUUUACUUGAGCGUAACACCAAAUGAGCGAUGUCACAAGCGCAGAUCACAGCCUCCUCCCGGAUGAUGUCAUGUUUGCAACGGCACAACGUUUUAAGUCAGGAGGGGGUGUUUCAGAAUUACGCGAAUUCCUAUGAAAGAUGCUAUAAUCGUAUCGAACAAUAUGGAAAAAUAAGGCUUCACGCCAUCUGAGGGUUUGCUUACUAUUACAGAAGGCAGCAUGUGGCUUCAGUGACACACGUGUUAAGCACCAAGUCCCGGUGUAUUGAAAACAAAGUGAAAUGCACAAUAACACAUUGUUACAAUAAAAACAUAUUAAAAAAAAAACACAAAAGAUCAGGUGCGGUGCUUUGAUUUCACGCUGGGCUCUUCGUUUCCUGUGACGACGUCCUUCUUCCAGGACCAGGUAGCGCAGCCGUGACAGUUCCCCACGCGUGUCUGUGCCUUUAAUUUAAAACCGACGGGGUGUGGCUUCACAAAAAAAAAAACUACUGUAUCCGGAAAAAUCGGAUGGCAAGCCCCAAAAAGCUGCUCACGCCUAGCAGGUUGUUUACAGGUGUUGAAGUUGCGGAUUACUGAUGUCCUAUUGUUGAUCGCUGACUGCGGGCCAGGGUGGGAUCUACAAGGAAAUAAAACUUGCUGAAACAGGUGGCAAGCAUGGGCGAGCUAGCCUCCGCGGGUAUUUUCGGUGUUCUGUUGAUUUGCACAACAGUUGUGACUGAUGCAGUUAAUAUAGAGGAAAGAAAAGCAACACUAGGAGAAACUGUAGUCCUUCCUUGUAUUGACACUGCACCAAAUAGAACAUUGUUUAUCACACAGUGGGUCAAGGAUGGAACAAUUAUUGCAGACUCAAAUUCCUCAUAUGUUCAAAGGUCCGCUAUCCACUUUUCCAUAUUAAAAAACAGUAGCCUACAGAUCAGAGGCUUGACUGUGUCAGAUGGAGGAAACUACUUCUGUAAUAUUACACCAUCUACUUCCGCGGAGGAGAAUCAAACACACAUUAAACUGCUGAUUUUUGGUGCUCCCAUUAAACACCCUGAGUGCCUUUCUCAGAUGGGAAAUGCUUCCAUGCAGCUCCUUCUGCGCUGUAUUUGGAUUGGAGUGUACCCUCUUCCCACACUGCACUGGACAGAGGAGUCAAGGAGUCUGGGAGACCACGAGCCUGUUCUCAAUGUCUCCCAAACAGAAGAAAGCCUGGAGGUGACGCUUAACAGAUCACAGCUACGUGAUGGUCAAGAGCUCAGAUGCACUGGGCAUCACCCAGCGCUGGAGCCCAAAGACUAUAGAUCCUGCUCUGUGACACUGAAAGCUCCAUAUCCACAAGGGGACCCACUCGUCACUGCUUUUGCUGGGAAGAAUGUGACGUUGAAAUGCACAGAAACCGAAUCUAUACCACCUGCUAACACCACAUGGCUCAAGACAAUCAGACAAGAAAAAAUAAUCCCAAGCUCCAAGUACAUAAUUUCUCAAGAUGGGCCUGUUUUUACCCUCACUAUCGUUAACUGUUCCAAAGAGGAGGAUGAAGGUGUUUACUUUUGCAGGAGUGAGAACCCCGUCAGCGUUCAGGAAUUAGAAGUGUUCCUAACCAUAAAGUCUUCUGCAUCAAAUGUUGGUGGGGUGAUUGGUACAUUUAUUGCCGUCCUAAUUGUUGCAGCAGGGAUUGUUGCUGGUGUAAUAGCAUAUUCUAAUCGGGACAGAAUAUGCCUUGGACACAGCUUUGGGAAUGAGGAGAGGAGUGAUGUGUUAAAUCUGGUGGACUCGGAUGAGGAAGAGCUCUUCAAUGACCCUGCCACAAGGAUCACAGCAGUGGCUAAUGGACAUGCCACGUCACUAGUGCAAAUCCAUCAUAACUCUCCCGGUGACAUAGAAGACCUCAAGAGCACUGACUCAGAGAGAGGAGAAGAGAACACACCCACAUCUGAGGAAGGACAGGCGACAUUAUAGCUUUCGGGGCACGGAGAGAAAGAGAUGUUUUUAUGGUUGUUGUUUCCUUAUAGAAUCAGCCAGUUGUAUACCUGGUUUUCACUACCUUCUUGAAAUGUCAGAAAAAUCUCAGAGAUGACUCCAUUCAUACUCAACAUAAUGUACAAAUAUAAUAUUUUCUGAAAAAAAAACAAAUUGUGUAUAAAUAACCACAUACUGUAGUAAUUUCUGGGUCAUUCAGCAGAAAAUUAUCAUUGAUCAUGAAAAUUUGUAUUAAUGUUCAUGUCAUCUUAGCCCACUAUGUUAAGUACGUUUUACUUGUCAUGAACAGGCUGCUAUAUUCGACUAGUAAGUGGAACACGGUGCUUUUGUUCAGCACUUCAUACUGUAAGUCUACCUUUUAGUUUUGUGUCUCCACAAAUUCUGUUGGCUUUGCAAGAAAUUGAAAUAGUUUUAAAAGCUUUUGUUUCAUUUGAAAAUGUAAUUUUAAUUACAAUUAUUACAAUUAAGAUAUUUUAUACCACAUAUCAGAAGGCUGUUGGGUUGAUUGAAAACUUUUUCUGAUCUACAAAGUCCUAUGUGUCCUCAAUUGAAUUAAAUCUCUGGCAGUGCUAUCUCAGCGGUCUAAAGUGAAUUUAUAAAGGAAUAACACAAACUUUUAAACAACAUUAUGUAUAAAUGUAUAAAUAUGUAUGUAUUAUUUCAAUAUAAAUACUUAUGGUUUAGACUUCUAAAUACAAAUGCA